CUGGCAAUGAUUUUCUGCAACUUUCAUUUUUCGUUUGUCUGUCAGUUUUUAUUGUCUCAGUGAACAUGGAUAUUUUCAAUGUUCGUACAAUUUAAUAAAUAUGGCAUCGUCAAUACAAAAUAGUAGAGUAUCGCCUUCGGGUUAUUGCGUGUGUUGUAGAGUGUGCAAUAUGUGGUGUUGGAGAGCCUUCAAGUGGCUCCCUGUGUUGUUGAUAGUUUCGAUCGUAACUUGGUCGUAUUAUGCCUACGUUAUUCAGCUGUGCAUUUUCACAAUUGAAACGACAGUUCAGCAGUGUAUUUACUUGGUGCUGUACCACAUUCUGUUGAUCAUGUUCGCCUGGUCUUAUUGGCGAACUAUAUUUGCUGAUAUAAAACCAAUUCCGGACAAGUAUAAGUUGCCGGAAGCGGAAUUAGAAAAAUUACUCAGUGCAGAAUCAGAGGAUGCUCAAAGGACAAUCCUCGAGAACUUUGCCAAAGACCUGCCUAUAGUCACCAGAACAAUGUCUGGUUCCGUCCGCUACUGCAACCGGUGCGUGCUAGUCAAGCCGGACCGAGCGCACCACUGCAGCAUUUGUUCUCGCUGCGUGCUCAAGAUGGACCACCACUGCCCGUGGGUCAACAACUGCGUCUGCUACCACAAUUACAAGUUCUUCAUGCUGUUCCUGGGAUACGCGCUGCUGUACUGUCUCUUCAUUAUGUCCACUUGUCUGCCCUACUUCAUCAGGUUUUGGAAGAUGUACGAAGAAUACAAGCAUGCCCACUGCGACCGCUUGAUCGAAAAGGGGACCUAUUCCAAGCUUUGCAUGGACAUUGUGAACGGUGAUUUUGGAACCGCAGCGGGCGCGGGUCGAUACCACAUCGUGUUUGCAUUCUUCGUGUCGCUGAUGUUUGCGAUAUCGUUGGGUUCGCUCUUCGGAUAUCACUGCUACCUCGUCGCCAAUAAUAGGACUACUCUAGAAGCGUUCCGGGCUCCAAUGUUUCGGGGUGGAGCUGACAAGAACGGUUUCUCUAUAGGUGCUUACAACAACUUCAAGGAGGUAUUCGGGAACAAUCCCAACCUCUGGAUGAUUCCCGUCUUCACAAGCCUGGGCGACGGGUGCGAAUUCCCAGUGCGCCGCGAGCACCAGCUCCAGACUUUCACGGCGCCGCAAGAGGCGCACGGGUACGAGUCCAUGGGCACCACGCGGUCCAGCUUCGGCGAUGGGAUCGUGUACCCGCUGCCCGCUAAGGAAGAGGACACAGAGUCGCUGCUUAGCUCCGAGCGCUGGGAGCGUUGGGGCGAGCGCGCGCGGCCCUUCGACGAGCGAGAGAGCUCGAGCUACGACGAGCUAUGAGUGUAGGCGCCGCGCUGCAUGCGCUCACGCCACACGCUCGCGAACUAUGAGGCUCUACGUUUCGCUGCUGCAUAAUAUUUUAGGCUUUAUGUGGAGCAAGUGAGAACAGUUUAGCGUGCGUUUAAGACUCCGUCUCCAUCAAGGCCAUUGGUUAUUCAAAACACACCUCCGCCCUGGAGGCGUGUUUUGAAUAACCAAUCAGAUUUAAUUAUUCAGGAAUCCAGGAAAUCUGAUUGGUUAUUCAAAAUACUUCUCCGCUUUGCUUUGCCUUGAUAGACACCGGGCCUUACGCAGGGGCCAGUCCAGUUCCUCUAUAAGUGUUCUCUGCUCGCUCCGUAUGAAUAUGCCGGUUAUGUUUACUCUAUAUUGUUUAUGAAACCCGUUUGAAGUAUAACUGUAUGAAAUUCGUCAAGAAAUAAUACACAUCGAAACUGAGCUACUUACCCACUCUCAGGAAAAGGAAAAACUUAGGAAUUCUGAAAAAGAUGUUGCAAACAAUGAUCAAUAACAUCGCCCACGUAAUUCUACUAAAGCCCGGUCUGUAAGCACGUAGAAUUUUGUCUAAUGACCCCAAGCUACCCAUCCUUAUCGCUCGCGCGUAAUUUUUUUUUUGUUUUUUUUUUGACAAUUUCACACAGCGCCAGCUAGCCCCAAAGUAAGCAACUUAAUGCUUGUGUUAUGGGUGCUAGCUUAACGGAUAUACUACUUAUAUACUUUUGUUUUUUUUAAAUACAUAAAUAUUAUACAUAGUCACACCCAGACCCGUCACAGAAAUUAAAAUUCAUCAUUUCAAUUUCUGCCCGGCCGGGAAUCGAACCCGGGACCUCUCGGCAUAGUAGUCCGUUCUGAACCGCUACACCAAACGGCCGACGCAAUUAUAUUGCUGUCGCGACUAUGCGACGGGCGCCCGCACUGAGUGUGCGAGCGCGACAGCAACAUAAUUACGCGCGAGCAAUAAGGAUGGGUAGCUUGGGGUCAUUGGACAAAAUUCUACGUGCUCACAGACCAGACUAUAGACAAAAACUUAGUGAUAAUAAUAAAAUGCUAUGUGUAUUAUUUCAUGACUGAUAUGUAACUUCUGUAAAUCAGUGAAAUUCCUAGUAAAUUAGACCGGUAUUCCAGAGCUUUAUUGAACUUUUCCAUUUCUAUGGAAGUUCUUUUUAUAAUAAACUCAGUUAUAUAGGUUUAUAGAAAUAAACCGUGUUUAACAAUCUAGACUGGAAUACCAGUUUAAUUUUUAAGGAUUAAAAAUACUUAGAUGAUGAUCGUAUUUAAUGUUUGUGUUUAUUUAUUCAAAGUACAACAUAAGUAUUAAGUGUUUAGUUUAAAAACGCGAAAUGAGUAUUGAGUUGAGUGUGGUGUUUAAGUGUGUUAUAGACUCGUAGAAUACGCAAGCCUUGCACAAGUGGCGUGAAGUAUGUCGUGGCGGAUUGGACACAAUAAAUGGUGCUGAAUGAUGUAAAGAUAAUUCGAAGGGCAGAUUAUCGAGAUUUACGAAGGCUACUGUAGAUUUGGCGAACAAAUGUAUACUGAAAUUGUACUUAUCUGAAAUAUGCUUAGAGUAAUUUGCUGGAAUCUAACACCAACUUCCAGGAUGUUAGGUCGACACAAAUGUACAGUCAGCGUCAAACAGUUCGUGGCACUAAAAGUAGCCAAAAAGUUCUCAACACGUCUUUGUUACAAUGAGGGUUUUCGCGAUUGAAAAAUCCACCAGAUUGCAAUACGUAGACGCGAGGUCCAAAUGCUGCGUGAUUGGUGGAUUUUGACAUAUCUGUCUAUGUCAUGUCAAAAAUAACCAAUCAUGCAGCAUUUGGACCUCGCGUCUACGUAUUGCCAUCUGGCGGAUUUCUCAAUCGCGAAAACCCUCUUGUCUACUUUUUGGUCACUUUCGGUGUCACGAUGUAUUUGAUGCUGACUUUACUCAUGGAACUUCUAGACUCUAGAGAAAACAAGUUAUUUCUCUUAUCAGCUUGUUUAAAAAAAUAUUUUCCUUAAUAUUAGAAAGUCCGCAAGACGUACAGGGCUUCUAGCUUUGUACAUAACAAGUGCUUUGACAUUAAGACUGCUGUAAAGGGGUAAUACGACAUGAGACAUCAAUCGAACCACCGCAUUUUAAUUCAUUAUCCAUCAAUUAAUAUAAUAAUACAGAAUAAUUAAGAAUUAAACUUAUAGUGGAGCGUUAAAUUUCCCACUUAGAUGUUAUAUGAGUGAGAGAGAUAAAUGAUUAAAAAGUUAAAUGUCUCCCUGUCUAUAUAAAUGUUAAAUGUAAUAAUAAUUAAAUCAUUAUACAUCAACUUUGUUAUUCGUAGGUUUUUAAGUAAUUUUAUCUCAUGACUAUUGUAAGUGUUUCGCAUCACUUGAUUUUGUAUUUCUUUUAUUUUACGUCAAUAUUUUUAUAGGGAAUAUUUUAUACGUACAAAUUAUUUCAUGGUGCAGAGGAUUUUAAAUUAUUAGAAUGAUAGGUACAUUUAUAAUUUCAAAAUGUUACAUUUAUUUUUUUACAUGACAUAGAUGAUUUAUUGGAAUGGAUGGAAGAUACAGUGUGUAGGGGAGACCUAGGAGAGUUGUGACAAUUUUUACUUUAGGGGCCAUAUCUCUCUCAAAAAACAUUCCACUGCUAUGAAUCAUACAAAUUAAUGUAGCGCCGUUCCUUCUGUUUUCAAAACAAUCAUCAAAGUUAACUUAAGUGUUAGGGUUUCUAAGAAAAUCACCAAAAUCUUAGACCACUCCCUCUGUCACAACUCUCCUAACACCGAGGUAAGUUGUGACAGGUACCGAGGUGAGUUGUGACAGCAUUGUAUUUCAUCUAUUAGAUAUAAAAAUACCAUAAUACUCAAUCAAAUAUGAAUUUUUACGAAAAAAAAUCUUUAAUCAUCCUUUAGUAACAAUUAAAACAAAUAGUUAUAGGAUGUCGUUGCACAGAUUGAGCCACAUUUCUCCAGCUUUUAUUUUUCUCCCACGACACUGGAUUUUUUAUUAUAUUAGCUAAUAUACAUAGUCACUUAAUAUAUUUUCUUCCUCUUCUGUAGAAAUAAAAUAGUCGCGGUGGGAUAAUCCACAGACGGAGCUUCGCCUUCUGGGUUUACUUGAUAAGCCUCUUUCUUCUUAAUAUAUCUUGACAAGUUUAGAUUGUAAGAGGUCGCAGCAUAUCUUAAACUUUAACCCUUUUUAACCUAAUCACUUCAUAAGCUAGGUCCUAUAUUUCGACACCAGUAAGCAGUUCCUCUAUAUGGCAUUCAUGUAUAGUUAUUAGGCAUUCAGAAUAAAAAAGUAGCAGCAGGCAAUUAUGCAAUAAUUAUGAACCUACUAACACACAAAAAAACAUUUAAAAACAUCGUGGAAAUGGCCCAUCAGAAAAAUAAAGUAAGCUAGGAGAGUUGUGACAGGCUGUCACAACUCUCCUAGGUGUUUAAAAUGACGACUUGGUUCGAAUAUUAAUUUUUAUUUUCUAAACACGAUGCGCACACAAUAUAUCAGUGCUACAUUUUGAGACCUGAAUAACCAUGCAACUUGAGAAAAAAUAACACAACAGUACACAUAUACUAAAACAUGAUAUAAAUUGAAAUAAAAUUUUGUCGAAAAACUUACUUUUCGCAUUUUUUUGUACACAGACGUCAUAUUUACGUAAUCGUGCCUCUAGCGCCGCCCGCAGGUACUUAGUCAAGAAGAGCGUCUUAAAAGCGACUAACAAGCGUUUUUUCCAGCUUCCUAAUCAAGUAAGGAGAAAUCGUCCUUGUCACAACUCACCUCUGUCACAACUCUCCUAGGUCUCCCCUAUGAAAUGUCACAAUUCUUUUUAAAUAAAAUAUAUUAGUUGUAUGUGUAAAUGAUGACGUCCCUCUCCAAUUUACCGGAUGAAGAGUAAUGUCACAAAAAACUACAUAUUUGCGCAAAUAACGAGGGAUGUCGCAUCGCGGGUAGUCGCCAAAAAGCAGUUCCAAUGCUAAAAGUAUAGCAUGUAUGUAACGAGAAAUGCUGAAAUGUGAUUGUUGUAAGGGUUUAUGGGCCACUUUACUAGGUCUUAGGUACAGUCAGCGUCAAAUAGUUCGUGACACCGAAAGUAGUCAAAACGUUCGCACCACGUCUUUGUGACAUUUGUGUUGUCAAGUUUUUGGCCACUUUGGGUGUUCAGCCCCCCUAGACAAAACGCACUUUUUGAUCGAAUCGAAAAUCGAAUCCGUCAAAACUCCAUACAAAAAAGGGGCUUUUCGACCACUUAUCGACUGGUUUGCGAUUAUAAUUUGCACUUUGUCUAGACCCACUGAACUAUUUGACGCUGACUGCAUCACCCAUUAGGAAAAUGCAUUUUGAUGUUAGAUUUAAUUUUAUAGUGAUCGCACUGUUUAUUAAUCAUGGCUGUUAUUGUGUUUAUCCAUGAAGAAUGUACUUAUUGCGAUCUAGUCAUUUAGUACUGCAUAUUUUAAAACGGUGAAAUUAUUUUAUAAUUAAAUGUCUCGAGCCUGUUUAUACAAAAAAGACCAGUUAUACUCAACUUGCGGCCCGCAAAACUUUUAUAAAUGUUAUGCAGCUUUUUUUUUUAUUAACACUAAGAAAAAAUCACGAUAUACCGCCCGAGGCUUCAAAAAAGGUUGAGUAUCGCUGCAAUAUAUUAUAAUUAUAUGAACAUCUCAUUAACAUUCCGAUUACAUUAUCAAAAUCAUAUAAUAUUGUAAGAUAAAAGAAAUCAGAGCAUUUAUAGCAUUAUGAUGUACUAGGUCGUUUCAUUAAAGCUACAAUGAAUGGAUUAAUGAAGUAAAUUGUAUGAGUGAUAUAAAUUAUACAAAACUGAUAGUUUUUUUGUAACGACCCUAUAGAUUAUUGUUGAUAUUUUAUUUGUUCUAUACAUAACUGUAUACGAGGGUGGUCUGAAAAGUUUCCGACCUCAACGUGAAGAUGGCAGCACACAUCAAUUAAAGUCAGGGAAUGUAAUUGUGCAUCUUUUGAAAGCAACACUUCAAAAAUUCAGCCAUUUUUGACGCGCGGUUUUUAUUUGAAAGUCGUUUGAGUGAGUCGAUGUGAGUAUUUUUGUGAAAAUGGAAAGAAUCGAGUAUCGAGCUGUCAUAAAAUAUUUGUUUUUGAAAGGGAAUACCCCUACGCAAAUCAAAGAUAAGUUAGAUUCUGUGUACGGGGACUCUUCACCGUCAUUUACCACAGUAAAAUUUUGGGCAGCCGAAUUUAAACGUGGCCGUAAGAGCUUGGGAGAUGAUGAACGUUCGGGACGUCCAAAAACUGUAACUACUGACGAUAACAUCGCUAAAGUUCACCAAAUGGUGUUAGACGACCGCCGAAUUAAAGUGAGAGAGAUAGCAGAGGCAAUGAAAAUGUCCAAAGAACGUGUUUGUCACAUAUUAAAUCAAGAUUUAGGCAUGAGAAAGCUGUCCGCGCGUUUGGUGCCGCGUUUGCUAACGUCAGACCAACGACGUGUUCGAAUGAACAUUUCCAAUGCUCUAUUGGCGCAGUUUAGGUGCAAUAAAUCCGAGUUUUGGCGCCGACUAAUUACUGUAGAUGAGACUAUGUAGAAAAAUAAAAAUAAAUUUUAAGAAAAAAAAUCUUGUAUCUAUGUUAGGUCGGAAACUUUUCAGACCACCCUCGUAUAAUGCUAAAAGAUUUCAAAAAAUAGAUUUACAUAGAUAUUUAUUGUUUUAAGGAUGUACGAUGUGCAAUGUUUUUUGUAAUUUAGCUAAAGGUGAAUGAAAUAUAAAGAAAUAAAAUGAAUGAAA